CGAAGCGGUAUUGUACUUCAUUGUUGAAAAGAAAAUUUCUUCUAAAAUUAGUGUACUGUUUCGUUUUUCUCGUACUUUCAUGUGUCAGAAUAUAUUUUAAAUUUAGUUUUUCUCAGAGAAUAUUAAAAUCUGAUGAUGGAAGAAAUUUCAGAUGCUUUAUAUAAAUUGAAUCUUGGACUAAAAGAGAACAAAACUUCUCCAGAAAUUCAGAAGAUUUUGAUGACUGUAAAUAAACAGCUUUUUGCUGAAAGUUGUGAUAAGAAAGCUGUUGUUGAGUAUCUUGUAAAAAAUGGGAUUGUGGAUACCUUCUGUCUUAUUUUAAAGUCUAGAGAAUGCUUUUCUGCAUCUACGUUUGCUCUAGUAGCUGAGAUCCUAGCAGAAGUGGCAAAACUAGAUAUAGGAAGACAAAGCUGUAGUGAUGGGGCAGUUAUAAUUCCUUUGCUUGAACUUCUAUCAAAUAAUGAUUCUAAUGUGGUUCUCCAAGUAUGCCGGGCUUUGGGCAAUAUUUGCUAUGAUAAUGAUGCAGCUCGUAGCUUAGUCAAAGAGCAUAAUGGUGUGGAUCGGCUUAUUCAGCUGCUAAGAAACCUGUUAGAAAAAGAUAAUUUGCCUGAAAACAUGCGUACUAUUACUUCUGGUUGCCUUUUGAAUCUCACUGAUACUUAUGAAGAAAUUCAAGAUCAAGCUAUUGAAGCUGGAAUUUUGGAUGUGUUGUUGCAAUAUUUAUUGAAAUUCAGUUCUGAUGAAGAUGUUGUCACUCAUUGUCUGUUAGUUCUCAGUUGUUUGGCAGACAGUAGUAAGUAG